AUGCAUCGAGCAAAUGUCAACAACAUGCCGGAGUCGGCUUGCAGAGAAACAGAAACCGAGGAGGAAAAGAGAAACAGACAACAAAGAGAUCACGGAAACGAAUCGUCCAAUAACAUCGUGUCUAUCAUAUCUCAAUAUGCAGAUGAUAAUUUAACACUUGUGCGGAACAUAAGCACCGGACUGGCUGUUGCUGGUGUGAUUGUAAUAGCAAGGAGUAUCAAACUGAUUACCAAAUUUCAAGCUGCAUCUGAUAUCCCCGCUCGAUUCAUUGAGAGGAGUGUCAGCCUUCGUGGGAAAGUUCAUUCGAUCGCCGAGAAAGGACUUGAAGUGGAGCAUGUCCCAAUUUAUCUGCCAGUCAUCUCUCCGUUAUUGUCAAAACACAAAGGUGUGAGUACAUCCCCGUUGCUGGUGAAUCUUGCAGGAGUGGAGCUGACUCCAGAGGGGAGGGAAUGGCUGCACAAGAACCUGGCCCCUGCCCAAACAGUCUGGUUAAAACUGAUCAGCAGAGAAGACGACAUACUAAACUGUUUGGUGUCCCAAAGCAGGGGGUCAAUGUGGGGCAGCUGUAUAAAUGAAGAGGUUCUCAGGCUGGGUCUGGCUCGCACUGCGCCUGUCGCUGGAGUCCACCCUGACACUCGUCUAUACUGGCGUCUCCACAAACGGCUGCACAGGGCAGAGGUCAAAGCCGAGAAGAAGGGGAGGGGUCUGUGGAAAGAAGACAGCCUAUGGGAGAGGGCUUCCAAAGCUGUCAGGGACAAUAUGAUAUUCAGAAUGAUGAGGAGGUUUUUUAAGAGGACUGAGAGUGACUGAUAGAUCCAAGACAUUCUGAAAAAAAGACUUGGUUAGCUUUGUUCUGAAAUAAUCAAAAUGUGACAGCACACUUUAUCACAAAGCUGUUUUAUUGGAGGGAGUACCUGUUCAUGCUAAUUGAUAUUGUGACUCAUCUAAAAUUAGUUUAAAAGUCUUGCCAUGAAUUGAAAAGAAGUGUCACCCAUUAUCAGUCUUGUCUGGUGUGACUGCUUCUCAAGGCUGUGAAUAGUAGUUUUCCUGAUAUAAAAAUUAAACUAUGUGCUUUACAUUC